AUGAUGGUUUCAAUGGAAAAUGAAAACUUUCGCCAACCUAAGUGUUCUGAUGAUAGGAGAGACUCUGGUAUUGACCCACAAACGUUUGUUGAAUCUACAGCGUCGUGCAGUCAACUGGAGAAGCAACAAAAAAACUCUAGUACCCUGAACAUCAGCCAGUCUUCAUGCCUGUCUGAUAUCUCGUUAGAAGCGAAUAAAAUAGACAGCAUCCCUUCAGUUAAAGAAAUGGUUCGUCGGAGAGAAAUGAUGGCACUGAAACCAAGUAUGUCCCUGUCUCAAGCGAUUCCAAUAAAAUCUUCCUCAGAGGUAGAAACACCAGAGGUGAAAGUGAAGCUAAUCGUUCAGCAAUUCGAAUCCUGUCUACAAGAUGAAGGAAAAUCAGAUGCCAGCAACAAAUAUGUUUUACCAAAAUCCGAAGACAGAACCAGAUCUUGUUCAAGGCUACCUUCUUUUAAAUACUCUCUCUCUUCUAUGAAUGAUUCGAACUCUUCUUACUCGGAUUCGUGUUCUUCGUUUAUUAACUUGCUACCGAACAGUGUCACCGUUGCUGCUGCUACGUUAGACAGCCAAUAUAACACCUCGAAAGACAUGUUCGACGCGAGAUCUGAAGAGAAUGCACUUCAUGUAAAUAAGCGUCAGUCCUCGAAACGUAAUUCACUGUCAUCAAGUUUGUGUCUGUCGUCUGAGGAAAAUGUGGUCAAGUUUGAUAAUCUGAGCAAGACUUCCGAAAAAUAUACGUCUGGUACCCUCACACAUCAGAACCUUCAAGACUUGGAUCAAGGGAACCUGCCAGCUUGUCGAUUGACUUCAAAGCAUUCCAUCGAGAAUCUUAGUACGGAUAAUUCUUGUUUCGAUUCUCUUGACAAUUCUCUAAACCCUGUCUAUCAAAUUGAAGUAUCCGAAAACUCCAAGUCAAGUCUCAACGUUAGGAUGUCAUUGGAUUCGGGCUGUAAUUUUGCUGAUCGUACCAGUAACACUUGGCCCCUUACGGAUAACGUAUCUAAACUUGAUGACCACAAUUCCAGCCAUGGAACUAGUUUGUAUAAGUUGGUAAAAUCUCUGAGUGAGGACAAUGCAACUCCAACUAAAACGAGAUCAUCGACUAGUUCGGACUUUGCUCGUUUCAAUAGCUCUGGAUCACGAGCGUCGUCAUCACCAGUAGAAACUAGGUCUUCCAAGGAAUUCUUAUCUGGUGUCUGCCAACAGCAAUCUCCUAAAGGCUCUGAGGAAACUGUAACUGCAAAAUGGAUUUUGGAGAAAUUGAGACACUCUGUCCCAGACUUGGAUAUCUACUAUGAUUCCAAUGAAGUCUGUACAGCUUCAAAGCUUGAAGAAGUAUUUCAAGAUUUGACAAACUUUAUUUCUUCCAAAAGAAAUUCUGAUAAAAACAUGAUUUCUCUAUUCAGAGAAAACAGAUCUGCAAUGAGACUGAUAAGAAAGCAAGCAAAGGACUUGGAAGAUAGAUACAAUCUCCUCCAGUGGAAAUCAGUUUGCACAAAUAGAAGAGUUUCUGAGUUGACCAGCAGACAUCAAGAAGCAAUGGAAGUAGAAGAUAUUUUGAAUGUAAGGCUGGCUAAUAUCCAAGGUGAACUCCCUGAUGGUGUUUGGUUGUCUCCAAGCAGAUCUUUAUCUGGCCUGCUAGAAGCAGUCUUGGAAGGUGAAUCUUUGUUGCUUGCCAACAAGUACAAGAAAGUGAUAGCAGGUCUUCAACAGAAACUGAGAUUUAAGUCUGUGGGGACAGAAAAUAAUUCUAACAAGAACCUUUCAUGUCUACAAUGCCAAAAUCACAACACUGGUGACACGUCAGAUGAUCUUGUGAAAGAAAAAGAGGAACUCCUCCUCUUAAAGGAAGAAAUUUCGACUCUCUGCAGUGAGAUAAAGAAACUAGGCUCUGAGCGUAAUCACCUGCUGAUGGCAAAUAAAACUUUGCAUAAUGAACUACAACAGUCUCACAAGAAGAUUGCUCACUUUGAACGCGAUAUUUGCUCUCACAUUUGUCAACACAAAAAGUUAAAACCCCAAAACUCUAGAGACUGUAACAAUCCCAGGCACUUCUUGGAUAUACAGGAAAUGAGAACUCGGCUUCAAGAACAAAAUCAUAAAAUUGAGCAACAGAACAGAAUUGUGGACUUGCUUGGAGCCCUUAUUAAUGCCACUCGGGAGGUAACCUGUUAA